CCUUUUCCCCACCACAAACCACCUCCGCCUUCUCCCCGCGCCCCUCCCGGCUUCUCCCACCUCCCCCCCUCACCCCCCCCAUACAACGCCAGGAGCACCAGCAGCCAUUUCAUCUCUCCAACCACCAAGUAGGCGCAACAACAACAACAAACAACAAACAACAACAAAAAAUCAUCACCAUUUAAAAAAAUCUAUCUAUCUAUACAAAAAUAAUGGCAGAAAUGGAGAAAGAAGGCAGACCUCCCGAAAAUAAAAGGAGCAGGAAGCCGGCUCACCCGGUGAAGCGGGAGAUCAACGAGGAGAUGAAGAACUUUGCAGAAAACACUAUGAAUGAGCUCCUUGGCUGGUAUGGUUAUGAUAAGGUUGAAUUGAAGGAUGGAGAAGAUAUUGAAUUCAGGAAUUACUCGGCAGACGGGGAAAGCCGCCAGCACAUUUCUGUUCUCAAAGAAAAUUCUUUGCCAAAACCAAAAUUACCUGAGGACAGUGUUAUUUCACCAUACAAUAUCAACCCAAGCUACCCAGGGCUUGCCACAGGAAAUGGACUUUCAGACUCACCAGCAGGGUCGAAGGAUCACGGGAAUGUACCUAUUAUUGUCCCAUUAAUUCCACCACCUUUCAUAAAGCCACCAGCAGAAGAUGAUGUGUCAAAUGUACAAAUAAUGUGUGCCUGGUGCCAGAAAGUUGGAAUCAAGCGCUAUUCCCUGAGUAUGGGAAGUGAAGUGAAAUGCUUCUGCAGCGAGAAGUGCUUUGCAGCUUGCCGAAGAGCCUAUUUCAAGAGAAACAAGGCUAGAGAUGAAGAUGGACAUGCUGAAAAUUUUCCCCAGCAGCACUAUGCUAAGGAAACUCCAAGACUUGCCUUCAAGAAUAACUGCGAACUACUUGUAUGUGACUGGUGUAAGCACAUAAGACACACAAAAGAGUAUCUGGAUUUUGGGGACGGGGAAAGAAGGCUUCAGUUCUGCAGUGCAAAAUGUCUCAAUCAGUACAAAAUGGACAUUUUCUACAAAGAGACACAGGCCAACCUUCCAGCUGGACUGUGCAGUACAUUACAUCCUCCAGUUGAAAAUAAAGCAGAAGGCACUGGGGUGCAGCUGCUGACUCCAGAUUCUUGGAAUAUACCGCUAGCAGAUGCUCGGAGAAAAGCCCCAUCCCCAGUGUCUGCAGCUGGCCAAAUUCAAGGUCCUGGACCAUCAGCGUCUACCACUGCCUCUCCGUCUGACACUGCCAACUGCUCUGUCACUAAAAUCCCCACGCCAGUUCCCAAACCUAUUCCCAUCAGUGAGAAUCCAAAUAUUCCACCAGUUUCUGUCCAGCCACCUGCUAGCAUUGUGCCUCCAAUUGGUGUCCCACCUCGCAGUCCUCCCAUGGUGAUGACAAACCGUGGGCCAGUUCCUCUGCCCAUAUUCAUGGAGCAGCAAAUUAUGCAGCAAAUCCGUCCACCGUUUAUCCGUGGGCCGCCUCACCACGCCUCCAAUCCUAACAGCCCUCUGUCAAAUCCAAUGAUUCCUGGAAUCGGUCCCCCGCCAGGUGGUCCCAGAAAUAUGGGUCCCACCUCUAGCCCCAUGCACAGGCCGAUGCUUUCCCCUCAUAUCCAUCCUCCCACAACACCUACCAUGCCUGGGAAUCCUCCAGGCUUGUUGCCACCUCCCCCUCCUGGAGCUCCUUUGCCCAGUCUUCCCUUUCCCCCCGUCAGCAUGAUGCCAAAUGGUCCUAUGCCUAUGCCACAGAUGAUGAACUUUGGAUUGCCAUCCCUUGCCCCGCUGGUGCCGCCCCCGACUCUACUAGUGCCAUAUCCUGUCAUUGUCCCUUUGCCCGUCCCCAUCCCCAUUCCCAUCCCCAUCCCUCACAUCAACGACUCCAAACCCCCCAAUGGCUUCUCCAGCAACGGCGAGAGCUUCAUUCCGAGCACCUCCAGCGAGACGCCCGGGGCGAAGCCAACCAAUAGCUCUUCAUCCCCUCGAGAGUCCAAGCAAGGAUCGUCCAAAUCCUCUGACUCGUCACCGAGCUGCUCAGGCCAGUCCCUAAAUCAAGCUCAAGUGCUUCAGGAGCACAGUAAAAAUGAAGUCGUUGACUUGACUGUCAGACCUGGCAGUCCAGUCAACAGUAAAUUUGGUUUCCCCAGUGUUCUACAGGGUCCACAGGACGGUGUGAUAGACCUAACAGUAGGCCACCGGUCUAGGCUGCACAAUGUUAUCCACAGGGCUUUGCACGCCCAAGUGAAAGUGGAACGUGAACCUAACAGUGUUGUAAACUUGGCUUUUGGUAGCUCAGACAAAAGGAACUGCAGUGACUGCAGGGACAACUGCAGCCCAGUUGACUCAAAAACGUUACCGUGCAGUGACGGAGCUCACUGCUGCCCCGUCUCCUUGGCCUCCGGCACGCCGGGACUGGAAGCUGGUGCAGCCGUGUGCAACGUCAUUGUGAAUGGCACCAAGAGCACGGAGGGUUCCAAGAACCCAGAGCCACCCCAGGAGCCCAAAAAGCCCCAACCCCCCGAGGAGCUGGCGGUGAGCGAGCUGGAGUCCGUUAAGGAGAACAACUGCGCGUCAAACUGCCACCUGGAGGGAGACGCCGGCAAGAAGACUGGGGAGGAGCCCCUUGCUGGGGGAGACAAACAGGACCCGAACCUUAACAACCCAGCAGACGAGGACCAUGCGUAUGCUUUGCGGAUGCUGCCCAAGACAGGUUGCGUGAUCCAACCUGUGCCAAAACCAGCAGAAAAGACUGCGAUCGCGCCGUGCAUUAUCUCAGCGCCAAUGCUCAGCACAGGGCCAGAGGAUCUGGAGCCACCAUUGAAAAGGAGGUGUCUCCGAAUUCGAAAUCAGAAUAAGUAAAGGAGCACUGGCCGACAGGGUACCUUGCAUGGAGAAAGGGAGCAGAGCAAACCACGUCACUCCACCCAAGGACACCAGCUGGUCCACUCGCCACCCCCUCUGGCUCCAAGUCCAGCAAAGGGAGCAGCUUCCUGUCACCAAGCCCCUCUGAGGAAACCUCGGUCCCACGGGUGCCUUUGACCCAGAAGACAGCACAUCAUGGACCUGCACAGUGUGCUCAGCAUUCCUGCCACCGCCCCGCUUCUCCUCCAAGGAACACUUUGUCCUCUUGGUUUCUUGCUGGGGGGGGGAGGGGGGAUUUUUUCACCUUGGUUUCAAAAACCACACGGACCAACCUAGGUACUUUUCCUGCUCUGACUUCAAAGUUCAGAUAGUUGAGACUGGACGAUGAGACGGAUUUCUUUUUUAUUAUUAUUAUUUUUUAUUUUUAUUUUUUAUUUUUUUUUUCCUUCAAAAAAACUGCUGUGGUUUUGCUGCUACACUUAAGAAUCGUGAUUUGCAUUGUAUGGUUUUGGACCUAUUCAAGUUUUGAUGGGGGAAAGGGGUAAUACUGGAGUAGCAACGCUUCAGAGUCAUCUCUGUCCUACCCAUGAUGCACUUUUAAAUGAAGAGUUAGAAUAUUUUAUUGGCUAAUAUACUUUCCUUGUUAUUUUUACAAAGGCCACCUUUAUCCUUUCUAAUGCCAUAUUUUCAGUGUUACACUUUUAUGGCUUUUAAUUUUUGAUUUGACAGAUGUAAGAAGCAGCAUGAAUAGUUUAUACUGUGGUUUUUCAGAGACUGAAUGCCAAGAGAACUCAGUAAAUGUUUAUUCUUCUCAGCUUUCUCUUUAAAUUCCCCUAAAUAGCGCCCCAUUUGGGAACAGAGCAAGAGUGUUGAACUAAAGACCAAAAUUCCCUCAAGGUGUAAAAUAAUCUGAGGGGAAUAUUUGCUGGGCGUCAUGAAAGACUUGGAUGAAAUUUCAACCCUGAUGGUUUUCAGUGAUCCAGGAAGGCAGUGAGACAAUCUCUCCAUAUGCAUAGCCCUUUCAUGAUAAUUAGAAUGGUAUGGACAAACCAAUGAAAACAAGGGUAAAGUGAGAAAGAUCCCCCAUGAUUCUGUUUCACUGUUUGCUUUCUCCUGUCAUGGUUAAGAGAAAUGUGCAAUUCGAUCCUCAAUCAGUGGGUGGAGGAUAACAGGGUAGAAUUUACUUGUGUGCACUUGUACAGUUGUAGCCAAGAGUCCAAAAGUACACUAGAGCAUGUUAUACUGGCACUGAAUUGGUAAGAGAGUUGUGGAGUAUCCCAUUCUGAUAAAUACAAAAAGAAA